AUGGGCAAACUACCGCAUUACCACGUUCUCAACUUCUUCUAUGACGACAAUGGAUGCUCUUUGAGCGCACUCGUUCAUGGAGAACGGUAUCAUGUCGUUGCCGACUCUAAGAAUCUACAGGACCGUUCGAAUGCUGGAAAGAAGAUAUCGAGAGAAUUCAGGAAACGUUUGGAGCAAAGCAAAGAUGCACAAGCCGACGACAGAGAGCAGAAGGUGACUGCACCUUUGUUUGUACAGGAAGAUGAGGAUUCGGAGUCUGAUGAGGGAAAGGAUAGUGCUGUUGACGUCGAGGAGCAAGAGGAAGAGGAGGACGACUCACCAGAUGAGCCAAGCAAGUCUUUGGAACGAUGGAUGCUCUCCCCCUUCAAGGAGGUGUUCCCGAAAAACGUCUCGAAGAAGUCAACCGGAAAGAGCGUGCAAGAAUGGUAUCAUUGUCCAACACACUACUAUGACCUGCGAAUCCAAGAUGGUAAACUUCAAGCCCAACUAGAAGAUUACCCGGCUGCGGCAACACAAAAACGAACAGACGCCCUCAUUCCCGCGAUGGGAUUACCGAAAUACCUGCGCAACCUCGACAUCCCCAUCCUUCCCGCUGCAGAUCUCACCGUCCUCUCCGAAAGCGACGAGAUCGCUCCCAUUCACCCAACUCUUGUCAAAUACCAGAAGAAAGAAUACUUCCUAAAAGUCGUCGACAACACCCAACACGCGCCCCUCAAACGCGAACUCCAAGUCAUGAAGAGAAUCGAAGCAGAAGGUCUCCAAAACGAGUUCCGUGUCCCUCUCCUUCGCGGGCUGGUCCAUUUCCACGAUGACGAAAAGAACAUAAUGGGCUUCAUAAUGGACGCCAUAACCACCCCCACCCCGCUAACGAAGAUGCUCGACACCGGCGUAGACGAGGACAAGAGAUUGAAAUGGGCCGAUGAAGCGGCUCGAAUGGUCGAUGUAUUACACCAACACGACAUCAUCUGGGGUGACGCGAAAGGGGAUAAUUUCGUCGUCGACCAGAAUGAGGAGUUGUGGAUUAUUGACUUUGGGGGCAGUUAUACGGAAGGGUGGAUUGAUGAGAAGCUGAAGGAGACGGAGGAAGGAGAUGAGCAGGGGGUGACGAAGGUGUGGAAUGGGUUGGUUGAUCCGGAACAGAAUACUGUUGAUCCUGAUGAGGAGGGGGAGGAGGAGGAUGGUGGUGAUGGGGAUGGGGAUGUUGAGCAGGAGGAGGUUGAUGAGACGAAGGCUCUACGCCGCGAAGUCGCCAGCUGUAAAGAUUGGGAGGAUCACUAUGAGAAGACCGUCGCAACUCGAAAGUCUUCGAGUAAGAAGCGGAAAGCGAGCGAUUGUGGGGAUUGGGAAAGUGGGUAUGAAAUGUCUUUGAAGCAGCUGAAGAUGGAGAAAGAGGAUGAUGGGCUGAGGUAUUGUUACUGCAAUGGACCUGAUUCUGGGAGAAUGUUGGCUUGUGAUGGAGAGAAGUGUGAGAGGCAGUGGUUUCAUUUUGGUUGUGUCGGCAUUGAUGAGGCGCCGAAGGGGAAGUGGUUUUGCGAGGGGUGCAAGGAGGGGUGA